AUGGAGAAGAAGGGUGAAGGAACCUCGGCUAUUGUAUUGCUGGCUUUGAUACAAAAUUUUCUGGCUUCUGGUGCUGUGGAGGUCCAGCCCUCUUCCAACCCUGCCAUAGUUGGGGAUACAGUUACACUGUCUCUGUCUCCUUCAGUAACUCUGAAGAGUGGAAGCUGGGCCGUGGGAGAGUCCCUCAUCAUCAUCUGGACAGAGAGACAGCAGGUGGUCCUCCCCAGUUACAGUGACAGGGCAUCAAUCGAAGUCCUCACAGGAGCUCUAACUCUGAAUUCCGUCACCUUGGCCGACUCAGGAGUCUACGUGGUGCAGAGCAAUGACCCCAAGCUUAGUGCCAACACUUCCAUCACUGUUCUUGAACCCAUUUCAAAUAUAACGCUAAAGACAAAUCAAACCGACCUCAUGGAGUUCAACAGCUCAGCAGUCAUUACAUGCUCUGUCUCCUCUGGAUCCUCCCUCUCUUUCCUCUGGCUGAACGGCAGCUCCGAGGUUACAGCAAGUGAGAGAGUUCAGCUCACUGAUGGGAACUCCACUCUCACUGUAGUCAAUGUGACUCGCUAUGACCACGGACCAUUCAGAUGUUGUGUGUUCAAUCCUAUCAGUAAUGGCACCAGUGAUCCAGUAAACUUAACCAUCAGCUAUGGCCCAGAUAGCAUGGCUCUCACAGUGAAUGGACAGAACACAACUUAUUUUUUAGUUGGAUCCAAUCUGACCAUGAUCUGUUCAGCACAGUCCAAUCCUCCGGCUCUGCUUCAAUGGACUUUCAGUGGAGAGUCUGUGAACACGACAGGUCCACUCUUGGAGCUUUACAGCAUCUCCGAGGAUCAAAGUGGUCCAUAUUCCUGUCUGGCCUUCAACAAUCACACCAACAUGAGAAGCAAUAUCACCUCACAUGUCAUGAUCACAAAUCAUGUGUGCAGCCAGCGCAUCUAUGCCUCUGAGAACCCCUUACCUGUGGGCAGCAAUGUCACACUAAGCAGCCAAGUCAAUGUCACACUAGGGGUAUGGAUGUUCGACAACAAUGUUAUUGUGUGGAUAAUGCAAGGAGUUGUUACCAUAACUGAAGAAUGGCGUGACAGGGUUACAUUCAGUUCAGCCAAUUCAUCCUUGACUAUAAGGUCACUACAGGUGGGAGACUCUGGAGUGUACACCUUGCAACUGGUGAAUUCUUAUCGUGCUAAGUUAAUACUGUCAGUCCAAGUGCCUAUUUCAAACGUGACCCUGAUGGCAAAAGCAACCCAGCUGGUGGAGUACAAUGACACAGCAGUUCUCGUGUGCUCUGUGUCCAGCGGCUCGUUCCCGUCUUACGUUUGGCUGAAAAACAACUCUGUGCUCACAGCUGGUGGGGAAGUACAGCUCAGCAAUGGAAAUGCCACGCUCAGCAUAGUCAAUGUGACCCACUAUGACAAGGGGCCAUUCAUGUGCAAUGUGUCCAAUGGUGUCAGCUAUGAAAUCAGUCCCCCUGUAUACCUGAACAUCAGCUAUGGUCCAAGUAACACAACAAUGAUGAUCAUGCCCAUGGCGCCAAAGUAUAUGUACAGAACCGGAUCUGAUAUCACACUGUCAUGCUCAGCGAUGUCCAGCCCUUCAGCAAUGAUCACGUGGAUGGUGGAUGGAGUGUACCUAAAUAAAUAUGGCCCAAAGAUUCAGCUAAACAACGCAACAAAGAACGAGUCAGGAAAUUACAAAUGUGUGUUUUACAACAAUGUCACAUCCAGAUUCAGCAGUGCAAGUACAAUGCUCUGGAUUUUAGAUCCACUACAUUCAGCUGAGGUGAAUUCUACUGGACCAGCAAUACUUCAUAAUCCCUUCACUCUGCAUUGUGAAGUGACUGGACCUGUUGAGAGAAUUCAGUGGUGGAAGGAUUCGUGGCUUAUUUCCCCUGACAACACAACACUGUUUGAGAUGGACAACAAGACACUGAUUCUCAACCCACUCCAACAUUCAGAUAAUGGAGAUUAUAUGUGUCAGGCAUUUAAUUCUGUGAGCAACAUAACCAGCAGCCCCUACAAAGUCGCAGUAAAAUAUGGACCAGAGAUGCUAAAUAUCAUCGGGCCAGCUGCUGCUAAGACAGGAAGUAGCGUCACAUUCACCUGCAGGGCAUUGUCAUACCCUCCCAGUCUCUACACAUGGUCUUUCAGUGGUAAUCAGGUGGCCAAUACAUCUGAGUAUGUAACACCUCCGCUUACCAAAGAAAUGAGCGGGCUGUACACUUGCACAGCCUAUAACGAAAUGACCGGCCAAAACAAAACUGCAAACACGACGCUUACUGUUGUUGACCCAAUAGAAGAUGUCCAAGUGGAAUCACCAAUGAGUCCUCCCAAAGAAGGUUAUCCAUAUAUGCUAACAUGCAAUGUGACUGGGCCUGCCGAUCAUGUUUAUUGGCUGAAGGAUGAUAUGGAACUGUACGAGGACAACAGAACUGUUUUCAACAUGUAUAACAGCACAGUCACCAUCAACGCACUAAAUCGCAAUGAUACUGGAUACUACAAGUGUACCGCUGUGAAUGCUGUUGGAAGCAUGACCAGCCCUACUUACAAGCUCCUUGUGAACUUUGGACCAGACACACCCGUCAUUUAUGGACCAAGGUUUGGUGAAAUGGGACAAAACACAACCUUCAGCUGCUCUGCCAUGUCAGUGCCUCCCAGUCAGUUCAGCUGGUGGUUCAAUGGCACCGAGGUGGCCAAUACUUCAGUGUUUACAAAUGGCCCUUUGUCUUUAAACAUGAGUGGAGAAUACACCUGUAUGGCAUACAAUUAUGUGACGGAAAAGAACAGCACAAAUUCCAAGAUGUUCACAGUUAUUGAGGCCAUAGAGUCAGUGAUGAUCAAAAGCAGCACAGUUCCAAUAAAAGAUCAAAGCUUCACUCUCAUCUGUGAAGUUGCUGGGCCCUAUGAGAUGAUCUACUGGAUGAAGAACAACAUGCACCUCAACAUGAACACUGCUACUUACCCAGACAUGCACAACCACACUGGAAACAACACCUUGCACUUCACUUCACUGACAAUGUACGAUGAUGGGACAUAUCAGUGUGUCGCUAUCAAUCAGGCUGGUCGACAUGAAAGCCCCCAAUACACUCUCCUGGUGAACUAUGGCCCUCUGAAUGUGAUUAUCACUGGUCCAGGUUCAGAAAAACCAGGCCAAAACGUGUCCCUGAAAUGCUCUGCUGAUUCUCGACCAGAUUGUGAGUUUUCCUGGUUCUUGAACAGCACGACAUCAGACCCAAAAGCGAUUGGCCCUGUUAUCACGUUCCAUGCAACAAAAGAGAAAGCAGGGCUCUACAUAUGUAAGGCGAGGAACGCUGUGACGGAUAUCACAGAGUACCAGAGGACAACUUUUACUGUCAUCGGCCCUCUUUCUCUUUCAGGUCACGCCUCUGUCAUCCACUUCCCAUCCCAAGGCAGUCUGACAGUGAUGGGUCUGAUUGCUUUGUUUGUCCCCGUGCUGUUCAACUGAAUCCUGAAGAGUGAAAGGCCUCCUGCUCCCUUUACAGUCUCUUUUAACAAUCUUACAGUAAAAUGAAUGAGAAGAUAUUCUAUAUUUUUAAUGUUAUAUUCACCUGCUAUUGGGUUUUGGAUUUGGGUUAGUGUUAUUGUUGUGUUGGCUGUUGUCACUGUCCUAUAGCCAGAUUGAUAAAAAAAAUUCUUCAAUAUACUUACAUAGUUUAACAAGGGGUACAAACUGCAAUUCUUCACCCUUUACUCUUUUCUGUUGUGCAUGAUAAUAUUAAAACUGUAAGUAAUUGCAUGUUUAUCACACUUACACAGAUUCACUGUAUUUAUUUAUUAAUCAAUAAAAAAAAAAAAUAGGCCAAAAUUAUCAGUUUUGAGAAGACUUUGUUGUGGAGGAUACA